AUGCGGUGGUUGGCGCCUCCAGACCGUAGAGAACUCACGCUCAUCAUCUUUUGCCUGACGAUAUUCACUUUCGCUUACAAUUUCACGAACUCUACUCGAUUUCUUGGUAUUGAUCCCGCUGCGACAAAGGGCGUGCUCGGAUUUAGCAGCCUCGGCUUUGGCGCCUCAAACAUCAUUGGCAAUGACGGAAGGAAACUUGCUAGAUGGCGAGAUGCUGUUGAGAAUCUGAUAUUUGGCGACUGGGGCUGGGAUUCAGGACACAUUGCUGGGGAUGGCCUGGAGAGGAGCCAAGGCCUUGGCGUUGAGCCGCACCAUGCCAUGUGGAUGUCGGUCAAAGAGGUGCCCAAGAUCAAUGGCAUCGAAAUGCAGCCAUUCGUGUCGUGGGGGAGAAAUGUGCCGACCGCGAAGGUUCUGCAGCAUACUCCAGGACAUUCCGUCCUUGACAACGUCAUUCUAUUCAAGGGCAACGUGUACCUCGUAACCGACGACCCAGGUGGUCUCCCAUCCCUCGGCUCCAUCGUAUCACCACCAAAUUUCUGGUCGAAGAUUUCCACCGCCGAAGCAAUUGAGGAAUUUGGUACUUAUGGUGGCCGUCUGGGAGGUGUGACAUUUAUAUCCACGGACCCCUCUCCCGCUAAUUCUACCUUGCACGAAUUAUGGCGGACAUAUAGCGCCUUGGACCCUUCAAUUGACGCGGAGGGGAGGACUAUUCUACCACCGCCUCAUCGAAUUUUCAUGCCUUUCCUUCACCCCUUUACGGAUCCAGACCCGCCCUAUGAGAAUCCGAUGUUGCCCCGUCCUCGAACAGACACUGGUUUCCACCCAUUCCUCGUCAAGGCUGCCUUCCCCCAGAUGGCGGUUAUGUUCGACCAAGACUGGAUGGACUACCACUUUAUGGAGGUCCCAUAUGUCGUUGAGCGGAUGGUGAUUGUUGACCGAAAUUCAGGCAAUAUUUUACCAGAAGUCGUGUCGCCAUAUUGGUGGGAGCCCAUUCGGAAGCAGCUUGCGACCCACUUGAACUUGGAGGACGAGAAAUCGAAGAAAAAGGUCAUUACCUAUGUCCACAGGCAGAAUCAGUCUCCCCAACACGACUGGGAGCCACCCACACCCAAGCUGAAGGCAGAAGACCAUCAGUUGUUGGUGAAGAAACUGAAGAAGAUGGCGUAUUCCUAUGGUCAUGAAUUCAACGUGGUUUCGGCGCUAGACUUCGAGACUUCGUGGCAUGAUAGGAUAUCUUCGAUUGUGCGGUCCACGGUGCUUCUGGGUGCACACGGGAGUGAUCUAAUGGAUGGAAUGUUUAUGCGACGAACACCGCAGACGACAGUGAUAGAGUUUUUCCCACAGGACAGAUUUGUGAGGGAUAGAGCGACUAUGGCGCACGGGCUAGGGAUGCACUACGUUGCCUGGUGCAAUGACCAAAAAUACACGUCAGACAACCUACCACCCAUUUCAAAACCAGAGAACGAUGAAGCGACGAUGACAGUAAACGCUGACCUCGUUGCUCAGACUAUCCGUGAUAUUCUUUCUCGUUCAUGA